GCUUUUGACCGUUUGAAAAAAAGAUUUCAAUUAUUAACAGAACUACGAACAAAAAAUACUAAAAUAGCUACUGAAUUAAUAGAAACAUCUUUGAUUUUGCAUAAUUUAUUAGAAAGAAACGGUGACGAAUGGGAAGAAUCUUCAGAACGAGUUGUAAUGUAUCGGAUACAGUAUGAUGACAAUAAUAAUUCACGAAG